CACUCAUUUUCUGCUCUCUCUCUGCAUUCUUUCACUUCUUCCUUUGCUCACUGCAUUCUCUCUCCCUCUCUCUCUCUCUCUCUCUAACCUAGUUCUACAUUUUUCGCUCAUCAAGUUUCUGUCUUUAAGCUAAUAUUGCUCAUCAUCUCAUCACUUCUCUGAUCUGUAUCUUCACUUUCUUUGACCCAGAUCAAAUUUUUGACCUUUUUUCCCUCUCUGUUUAUGCUUUCCUUCAAGCCAUUCAUAGAAAACCGCUGCUCCCAUCUGGGUUUAUCCUCUUUCUGGAUUUUUCUUAUCUGAUUUUGUGAAAUGGGUUGUCUUUGUUAUGUGGAAAAUUGAUUCAAGAUAGGAGAAUUUUGGUAGAGAAAUUUUAGUUCAUUUUUGUCAACAAGGGCUUUUAGCUAUGGGUAGAGGCAGAGGAAAAGGGAAGAAGCAAUCUGUUAUAACUGAGGAUCCUGGAAGUGAAGAGGAUAAAGUCCCAGCUUACAGAAGAAGAGGAAGACCUCUGAAGCCACUGACUGAUGAAAUUGAAGAAGUGGAAGUAGCUGAAACUAUAGAGAAAGAUGAGGAGAAUGUCAAGGGUAAUAAUGGCUCUACCAAUGAGUUGAAAACUCAACCUAUCACAAUAAAUAAAAGGAAAAGGAAGAGAUCUACACAGGUUAAAGAAAAGAUAGAUCCAAUGAAAGACGACAAUGGCAUCCUAGCAAAGUCAGGCCCUGAUGAUUCAAUAAAGUCUACCGGAUUCCGGCAGAAUGGGAGCCGGCGUAAGAACAAGCCUCGCCGUGCUGCUGAGGCCGGGGUAGAUUGCAAAUGAGCAGCAAGGUUGUCAUGAAAGUUCUGUUCUAAAAAGCCCUUGGAGUUGAUGGAGUUUUGUUAUCACCAGAGAGAGGGUUUGUUUGAUUGUGUAAGGCUUGUUAUGGUUGCUUGUUAUUGCUCAUUUUGUUCUUUGUAACUUCCAUAUGCUAUUUCUGAUUUUAAUUUUGAUGAUUCAUAGCAGACAGUGCUCCUUUAGUCUUCUAUAAAACUAUUGCAAAAAGAAAA